AGGCGGCGCGCGCAGCCUCGGCAGCGCCUCUGAGGAGCCGCCGCGAGCCCCGGGGGAGAACCGGGAAGGGCCGGCGACAAGCGGGGCCCAUCGAGCCGAGCAGAGCCGGGCGGAGCGCGGGGUUAUGAGGGCGGGCGCCGCCGCCUCCCCGUGAGGAGCCGCGGGCGCGGGGAGCGCGCGAGGCCGCCCCGCCACAGGAAGCCAUUUUGUGGGCCCCCUCCUCCUCCUCGCUCUCGUCCUCUUCCUCCUCCUCCUCGUCCUCCGCCGUCGCCGCCGCCCUCGGGAGCGGCCGGGCCCGGUGAAGGAGGCGGCGAGGAGGGGCGGCGGCGGCCGCCGCGCCCUCCCCCAUGGCGAAGAAAACCUACGACCUGCUUUUCAAGCUGCUGCUGAUCGGGGACUCGGGGGUCGGCAAGACCUGCGUCCUCUUCCGCUUCUCCGACGAUGCCUUCAACACCACCUUCAUCUCCACCAUUGGGAUAGACUUCAAGAUUAAAACUGUUGAAUUACAAGGAAAGAAGAUCAAGCUACAGAUCUGGGACACGGCGGGGCAGGAGCGCUUCCACACCAUCACCACCUCCUACUACCGAGGGGCCAUGGGCAUCAUGCUGGUCUACGACAUCACCAACGCCAAGAGCUUCGAGAACAUCAGCAAGUGGCUCAGGAACAUCGACGAGCACGCCAACGAGGAUGUGGAGAGGAUGCUGUUAGGAAACAAGUGUGACAUGGAAGAUAAAAGAGUUGUCCCAAAAGCAAAAGGUGAACAGAUUGCCAGGGAGCACGGUAUUAGGUUUUUUGAAACUAGUGCAAAAGCAAAUAUAAACAUUGAGAAGGCAUUCCUCACAUUAGCAGAAGACAUUCUUCGAAAGACCCCUGUAAAAGAGCCCAACAGUGAAAAUGUAGAUAUCAGCAGUGGCAGUGGGGUGACGGGCUGGAAGAGCAAGUGCUGCUGAACCUUCUCCUCUCUCACCAAUCGCCAUCCACCGCCCCUUUUUUCUCGCUGCAAAACAAACCACUCUGCCCGUUUUUUAACCUGAAACCGAUGGUUUUGUUCCUCAUCUUAACCAGCUCCUGCCUCCCCUUGGUUUUCUGGCUAGGACAGCUUUGCCUACUCCAGUUUUCUCAACACAUGUAUAGGAAAUUCAUCUCCGUGACUUCAUUUCCAUGUCCCUGCUCAGCUCACCACUACGUUUGGGUUGUAUUAUAGUCCCGUCCCUCCUGCCAUUAAACCCCAGAGCAAUCAUUCUCAACUCUCUUCUGCAAAUUGUACAAGAAUAAAGGUUAGAAUUAACAAUUGA